GAACAGACAGAGAGGAAACGAUACACAUGCCUUUUGGCGGCGUAGUGCGCUGAAUGCAACGGACAAACAACACAGCAGCGAGCAAUGUUGUUGGAGCGGGGCUGCUUUGAACAAUUUACCAGCAAUCGAGAAGUCAUUCGCUGGCGAACAGUGAAACAGUGAAAACCUUCUCGCGGAUUUCGGAAGAUAGUCGGAGUGCUUGUUUGGAAAACUGUCUUCGAGUGGAAAAGUUUCCUUGAAGCGAAGCAGGCAUUGAGAAUUUUCUUUGUUUCGUAACAACGCGUGUGCGAUUUUUUGGGCUCUUGGAAGAAAAUUAUUCUGAAUUUGAAAUUUUCGCCAAAACGGUUGGUCGUGCAUUGGAAACGCAGUCGAGGCUUAGUGAAAUAUUUAUCAAACUUUAGUGCGAUUUAAAGUGUGACAAAAUAGUUCCGGAUUUUUGGUCAGUGUUGAGCAAGGCAAACAACAGUAAACAUGAGGCCUCCAUCGCACUUUGGUAACGACAUUACCAACACCGCUUCCAAUGAUGGAAACAAUAACAACAACAACAAUGGCAACAACGGAAGUGGAGAUGACAAUAAUAAUAACAACAGCAGCACUAUCGUAGCCCGUCUCACUGAGAUGGGAGCGACGAUGAUGUUUCCCAAGAUCGCCGGACGCGGAAUCAUACGGGUCGUGGAGCGGUGCGAUGACGCCAAAGAGAACAAUAAUUUAGAUCUCUCUGAGUGCGAGCUGAUUCAGGUACCAGACGCAGUUUACCAUCUGAUGAGACACACCGAACUGAAGACCUGUGAUCUUAGCGGUAACGUUAUCACGAAAAUCUCACCCAAGUUUGCCGUCAAGUUCAGUUUGAUCACAGAGCUCAACCUAUCCCACAACCAGAUGGCCAAACUGCCGGACGAACUGGCCGAUCUGCACUCGCUAGAGGUACUGGACAUUUCGCACAACUCCUUCAUCACGUUACCUGCCGUCGUGUUCAAGAUGCCCAAACUGCGGGAACUCCGAGCCAACAACAACGCCAUCAUCGACAUCGAUCGGGAUGAGAUCAUCACGUCCGACUCGCUGGAACUGGUCGAUCUGAGACAUAACCCUCUGACGCCGAUGUGUCACGAACUGCUCAAGAAUGCCAACGUCAGCUUCCGGAUCGAGCUGUCCGAGCGGGAAAAGGAAGAGUGGGAAGAUCUGACGAUCUGAGACUUGGCUUCCCAGCGCAAACAACCGUCAGCCGUCCUGCCCGGUUUCACAGCCAGUUAGCCUAGUAGAUACUUAAUGAGUAUUCAGUUAUCGUUUUGGUUCUUUUGUAUACAUUCUACGUCGAUCGUACCAGAAAUCUUUUUAGCGUUAAGGACAAACUCCUCUUGGAACAAACCCAUCUUGUUUAUACAUAGACUCGCUCAGAAGUUUCUUAAUUUAGUGAGAAUUGAGUGUUUAGCCUUAAGUGAUAUACCAAAGGUGUUGAUGCCGAUGUCGCCUGCGAAGAAUCGACACCCCCGAUUGUAUAAAAGAAAGCAAUUGUAUUUAGUGACUGUAAAAUACUAACCCGUACUGUAUUAUAUAUCUUUGUGUGCAAUCACCGCUAAGAUAAGACAAAGCUCAUGUACGUAAAAAGGAAGAAAAUAAGAAACUAUAUGGUGAGGAAAAAUUUUGAUCUAGUCAUUCGAGAUGGGGUCUGAGCAAGAUGCAGGUGAUUGAAAUGAUCAAAAUUUUUGUCAUAAACCGACAAAAAGCGUGUCACAGAUAUGUAUAAUUUAUGAAAUAACGUGAGUGAUAUUAUUUGUUAGAUAAAUAAGUUUAAAAAACAUAUGGAUUCGGAAGUGCUACCGUUUUGCGAAGUGUGUGUAUUACCGAUAGGGCAAAAAUGUGAUGUGCAAUAGCAAUAUCGAAUGAUUGUUUGGGACAAAAAUCACUAUUGAGAACGAUAAAUAAAACAUAAGAUGAUGGAA